ACCGCAUGUGAAGCAGACAGUGCGAGCCGUGAGCUGUCAUUUCAAUGUGACCUGAGGCGGCCAUACCUCUAUGAUCGCACUGCACGGCUGCUAACGUCUCCACACUGUAGCGUGAGGCGCGCGCGCUGCUUAUCAGAGGAGCGACACACUUUCACCGUCCGGUAUAAAAGUCACUUUGAGCCCCAGCCAGCAACUAUCACACAAGAGGUGAAAAUGGCCGAGGACAUUAAGACUAAACUUGAGAAUUAUCGCACUGCCCCCUUUGAUGCCAGAUUCCCCAACCAGAACCAGACCAGGAACUGCUGGUCCAACUACCUGGACUAUCACCGCUGCCAGAAAGCUCUGGACGCCAAAGGAGUUGACAAUACCCCAUGUGACUGGUACAAAAGGGUCUACAAAUCACUCUGCCCUAUCUCCUGGGUCCAAAAAUGGGAUGACCAGAGAGCAGAGGGGACCUUUCCAGGAAAAAUCUAACACUGCCAUCUCCAGAACCGUUGGUCUGCGAAGAUGUAAUCUUCUCAACUGAAUGUUUGUUCAAGUGGUGGGAGUUCAUGUGUCUCCAUCACCACCUUUGCUCCACUGAUGCUCUGUCCUCGGAGCACUCUAUAACCGAAUGGCCAUUCCUUAUAAAUAUCAUGAAAUGUACAGCAGAAUCUGCAUUAAAGUAUCUCAGGAUAUAUUUAAGUA